AUGGCUUGCGCUGCUCGGUCGUUGACACGCUCAGCCCGAGCCUUGGGCCAAAGGGGCCCAAGGUUCCUUCCUGCGCGGUCAUUUUCAACAUCCCCGUUCCGAUUCGUGUCCGAGGACCGGGUCGUUCCUCCGCCCCCGAAGGACCUCAAGGCUGAGGAUUACCCGGCUGCGCCUGAGUACUCCCCAGACCUCCUCAGCAAGGAAGACCGAUCUAUGUACGAUAUGAUGGCUCCCGAAGAGCGGGCCCAAUUCGAUGCCGAGAAUCGCCGCCUCGUAGCCGAAUUCAACGAUAUCGAAAAGCGCGCCGCGAUGUUCGCCGAGCUCGACAAGAAAGUCAACCAGAUUGACAAGGAGGAGGAUCUGCGAUUCGAAGAUAUUAGGGGCAAACAGCGUGGUUUCUGGGCCGAGGAUGAUCCGGAUGAGUUUGCCCAAGUAGAGGACGGUGAUGAGGAGAUCAAUGACGACGAAAUCACCGCGAUGGCACACGCUGAGUUGGAAUUGCACCGGGAGGUCAGAGAAUAUGCCCGUAUCGCGGCAUGGGAUAUGCCAAUGCUGAGCAGUAAGUUUCAAAACCGCCCUUUUCAUGCAUCGCAGUGCCUAACAGCAGUCUUCCAUUUAGAGCUGGCCAAACCUUUCACCCUGCCUCCGGAUACACACAUUCUCCGCUUCCGCUAUACCACAUACAUGGGCGAGCAGCACCCGGCUGAGCCCAAGGUCGUUGUGGAACUUGCCUCAAAGGAUUUGGCCCCCAAGUAUCUCUCCGAGGCCCAGCGCCAGACAUUCCUCAAGCUGGUUGGCACCCGCUACAACCCCCAGACCGACAUUGUCAAGAUGUCCAGCGAGCAAUUCGGCUCCCGCGCACAGAAUAAGCGGUACUUGGCCGACGUUAUCAACUCUUUGAUCAAGGAGGCCAAGACAGGCGAUGCCUUUACCGAUAUUCCUCUCGACCUCCGCCACCACAAGCCCAAGUCUCGCGUCCAAUUCCCUGAAGCUUGGAACAUGACUGAAGAGCGCCGGCAACAAUUGGCCGCUCGCCGUGCCGAGCGCAUCGCUGCUGAGAAGGAGCGUGCGGCGAUCGUGGAUGGUAGCAAGGUCAUCUCCCAUGCCGUUCAGGCUCUCCCCGAGUUCAACCCUGCAUUGAAGGCCCAGGCUGCCGAGGAGCGUGAGCGUGUUGCUGUCAAGGUUGGAGCUCGUGGAGGUAAGAAGCCAGUUCGUCGAUGA